AUGACCUGGCCCGUCACAGAGGUGGCGGCAUUGGGCAUGUACGACCGCUCUGCGGCGCACGAGGCGUCGCAAAGGACAUGCGCCCGCCUGGAUGCCGUGCGGCGCAUGGUGGAUGAAUCAGCAUCGAGGUGGGAGGGCGACCAGUUGGACAAGACUCAGACGGACCUGGAUGCGUGCGCCGCGGACAUCGAGGACAUCCACUCUCGUUCGGUGAACCUUGUUCGCACCCUCCAGGAGGAUGCGGCAAAGGCGGCAGUGCACGUGGGAGGUCUCGCCCCGGAAGUUGAGGACCGUAUCGGAUCGAAUUACGACAUGAUCCGCGCCCGCUUUGAGUCUGCGCAGCGGCUGGCAUUGACGGCCACGUCGACGCUGGAAGAGGAAAUCUUCACGUGCCAGGGCGAGAAGGCAGAUGCCGUCGACCGAGAGGUCAAGACAGACGAGAACAUGCGGAAGCUCAACGAGGACCUCUCCGACUGCGCAAACUACGCGGAUGGUUCCCACAAGGCUUGGGUGUCGUGCACCGAGGGCCUCACCAGCGUCGACAGGGUUUCGCUGGACACCUAUUUUUCCGUUGAGGAAAUCACCUUGCAAGUGGGGGUGUUUGUCCCGCGCCGAGCGGCUUCCGACCUGGAGGCGUCAAAUAUCUUCAGCGUUGCGAACCGCGCCGACCGGGUGGAGGAGACGCAGCAAGGGGUCCUCGAUAGACUGCGCUCACAGUUCGAGGACAUGCAGGAAAUGUCCGCUGCCGUGGUGUCCAACAUGUGUAGCUGUACGGGCCAGGCGGGGGGGGGGGUUACUUGGAGGAAGUCGUGAUGGCACUUGAACAAUGAUGACGACAACGCAAGGGAGACACCAACGCCGUGGCCCCGGACGAUUCAGAGGAGCCAUCUGAGGGGAACGGCAGCGUCAGCGUCAGUGACAGCAGCGGUGACGUCAAUGAUACGGGCGUGGACGUGGGCAAGGACAGCACGGCCUCAGCCGGAGAUGGCACGGCGGUAGACCGAACGGAGGCUGACCAUGCCGGCAACGAGGAAGACGUGGACGGGGAAGAGCCUGACGCCCACCGCAUUGAUGCUAACCCACCUACGCUAGGCGGGGUUUGACCUGUCUUGCCUUUCAGUGAUUGUUGAUUGAUGUGGGGCAGUUAUGCCUGCUUUCAAGCGUGGGUUCAGCGUUGUGUCCUCCGUAGUGAAUAAAGUUCGGACCCUUUCAGUCCUGGGCGU